AUGCCUACUGACCCAUCUCAUUUAAUUUCAAAACGUGCUGCUUCAAGAAGUUCAUCUCAUUUCACCAAUGCACCAGCCGGGGAAGUACCUAUCGGAUUCAAACCCCACCCAAAUCCAUUACUCUUAUCUUAUGGUAUGCCAAAUCAUGGAUUUUUCCCAAUUGAUUCUAUAGAUGUUAAUAUUGUUGAUUAUCCAUUUCAAACUACUUUAGACCAUGCCAAACCUAACGGUAGUUCAACAAGUGAUAAGAUCAAUGAUUUGAAAUCAUCAGAUUCGGAAAAUAAUCAACAUGAUUCAUUACAUACUAUUCAUAUUGAAAGAAUUCCCAAAGAUCCUAAAUUAAUGGGAUUGAAAUCAGGUUUACAGUAUGCUGCUGUUGAAGGACACCAACAAUUAUUACAAUUCACUAAAGAUUUUAUUCAACGUACACAUAAUCCAAAUUAUGAUAACUGGACAUCAUUUAUAACUAAUGGAGCCAGUGAUGGAUUAAACAAAGCAUGUGAUGCUUUAUUAGAUCCCGGUGAUGUUAUCUUGGUCGAAGAAUUCACGUUUAGUCCAUUUUUAAGAUUUCUGGAAAAUUCAGGUGCAAUUGCCAUUUCUGUUAGACUUAAUUUAAAUAAGGAGUCCGAUGGACUUGAUUUAGAUCAUUUGGUUGGAUUAUUGGAAAAUUGGAAAGAGGAACAUCCUGAAUUACCUAAACCUAAAGCAUUAUAUACUAUUGCUACAGGUCAUAAUCCAACUGGUUUUACACAAUCUUUAGAAUUUAGAAAAAAAGUAUAUGCUUUAGCUGAAAAAUAUGAUUUUGCGAUAAUUGAAGAUGAUCCUUAUGGUUAUUUGACAUUACCUACUUAUACCAAACCAGAUCUUACUAAAAAUCCAACUAGAAAUAAAAGUGAUAUCACUGUUGAUGAUUAUUUAAAAAAUCAUUUGACUCCUUCAUAUCUUGAAUUAGAUACUACCGGAAGAGUCAUCAGGGUAGAAACAUUUUCUAAAUUGUUUGCUCCGGGUUUAAGAUUAGGUUUUGUCAUUGCUCAUGUUAAAAUCAUUGAAGCUAUUAAAAACUACAGUGAAGUUAUCAAUCGAGGAGCGCUGGGAUUAACUCAAACUAUAGUUAACAACGUCAUCCAAGAUAAUUUCAAAGGAGUUGAAGGAUGGUUAGAAUGGAUUUUGAAAAUGAGAUCUAACUAUGCUUAUAGAAAGGAUUUAUUAUUAUAUUCCAUAUUUGAAAGUGAAGCCUACAAGAAAGGAUAUGUUGAUGUAAUUGAUCCAAAAGCUGGUAUGUUUGUUACAUUUUUAAUUAAUUUACCUCCUGAUGUAGAUGUAUUAGCAAAAAUGAAGUUAUUAUUAUGGAAAUUAAUUUCCUAUGGAGUUCUGGUUGUUCCGGGAUAUAACAUGACUGUUGAUCAAGAAUAUAGUAAAGCAAGAAGUAAUUUCUUUAGAUUGUGUGUUGCCAUUGCUAAUAAUGAAGAUGAGAUAUUAGAAAGUGGCAAGAGAUUAACUGAUGGUGUCCUUGAAUUCUUCAACAACGGUUUAGAAUAUUGA